AUGUCAAUAAACGAUUUGCCUUCAACCUCUUCAAACAUUCUUCCCUCCCAACAACCAGAAAAUAUUAAUUUACCUCUACUUUUUCGACAUUUUGAUUUACAAUAUUCUCCAAUAGACAACCAUGUUACUCUCUACAAUUCUGGUCUAUACUUUGAGACUGAUAUUUCUCGCCGUUUAAAUAGUUUUGGUGUAUCAAUAGCUAAAGGAAGUCAUCAUCGUUUUCAAAAUAAAAACAAUCUUUUUACUCGAAUUUGGCCAUAUAAUGAACAAAAACAUUCGGAGAAUAAAAUUAUUUCAAAAUUUAUUCAUUUAACUCCACAUAAACAUUCUUCAUUACUUCAUCAUAUUAAUUGUCAGGAAGAUUUGCCAUAUUUUCCAAUUAUUUAUUUUGUUGCUGUUCGACAUUCUGGUUUUUCUAAAAGUCCAAUUAAAGAAAAGAAAGUUUACAAAAAAUUAACGAAAGAAUGUUUUGAUGUUGAUAACAAGAAGAAAAAUAAUAAUUUAUUUUCUUCUUCUACAACUUAUUCAACGCUUCCAAGAGGAAUAUGUUUUGAUCCAUUAAGGCUUGAAAAAGUUAAAGAACUUCCUACAGUCGCACUUUAUUCUCUUUGCAGUUAUCGUGCUAGAAAAUGGAGGGAUUGUGAAAAAACAAAAAGAAUAAGAUUUUCCUUCCUUUCAACAAUUUUCCCCCUCUUGAGAAUCUCCUCAUCAGCUAUUUCUACCUCCAAAUCUUUACCAAUUAUUCCUUCUGAACUUCAACAGCCCCAAAAACCUCUCGAAAAUUUAACACCAAUAAAUAUAUUAUCUCGUAAAAUUGAAUUUCAACAUUGUCCAAUUGAAAAUAAAAUAAUUCCUCCACAAAUAAAUAAAAGUGAAGAUAAAAAACAAGAAGACAAUAAACAACAAAAAUUUGAAGCUUUUAUUGUUUUAAAAUCCCGUACAUCACCAGAAACUAAACUUAAAUCUAAAAAGUAUGAAGAACCUAAUAAAGACAAAAAAGAUAAGAAGAAGAAGAAAAAUAAAGAAAAGAAGCAAACUGCUGGAAUUUCUUCUGCUUCAACUUCGUCUUCUUCCUCUUCAAGUUCGGAUGCUGAAACAGAGGAAAUACACAUUGUUUCUGGUGAAGGACAAAAUUUACAGACAUCGAAACAAAAGGUUACCCCUACUCCUCCACCAUCUGCACAGCAACAGACAACUUUGGAAACUUGCCAUGAAGAGAUUAUUGGCCCAGAACAAGUUACGACAGAAGUUGAUGCUGACGGAAAUAUUAUAAAGCGUGUUGUUCGAACCGAACAGAUUCGCCAUACUGUCCAGUCUCACUCUGUCCAAUCUGUUCCUGUUGAGGAUAAUGGAAAAUUUGAAAAUUCUACAACAACUGCAGUCAAUAAUUCCCUUCCAUUUUCUAAUGGCCAUCAUUUAAUUGGCUCCAAUGAAGAAGCUAAAGGGGAAUUAGUUUCUUCAAAAGUUGUAACUACAGGAAAUAGAACUGUGGAGACUUUAACGUACAAAACAGAAAAAGAUGGAAUUACGGAGACAAGAGUUGAACAUCGAAUAACUAUUCAUAGCAAUGAAGAAAUUGACCACGAUUCGGAAUUGAGUAAAGCUAUAUUAGAAGCGACAAGUAUGAAUCCAGAAUUAAAAGUUGAAAAGGUGGAAGUUUCAAAGAAAUGA